AUGUGCAGUGCUAGGAACAGCAAAGAUACUGCGCAGAACCCUCAAGCUCCCUGGCCUCUGGUAGAGGACCCGAGCUUAGAGAGGGAUAACCGCCCGCGGAGGGCCAAAGUCGACCUCCUCAAUGGUUGGUCCAGAGGAGCCACCACCAGAGGAGCCACCACCGGAGGAGCCACCACCGGAGGAGCCACCACCAGAGGAGCCACCACCGGAGGAGUCACCACCAGAGGAGCCACCACCAAAGGAACCCCCCCAGAGGAGCCACCACCAGAGGAGCCACCACCAGCGGAGCCACCACCAGAGGAGUCACCACCAAAGGAACCCCCCCAGAGGAGCCACCACCAGAGGAACCCCCCCAGAGGAGCCACCACCAGCGGAGCCACCACCAGAGGAGCCACCACCAGAGGAGCCACCACCGGAGGAGUCACCACCAGAGGAGUCACCACCAGCGGAGCCACCACCAGAGGAACCCCCCCAGAGGAGCCCACCACCAGAGGAGCCACCACCAGAGGAGCCACCACCAGAGGAGCCACCACCAGGAGGAGCCACCACCAGAGGAGUCACCACCAGAGGAGCCACCACCAGAGGAGCCACCACCAGGAGGAGCCACCACCAGAGGAGUCACCACCAGAGGAGCCACCACCAGAGGAACCACCACCAGAGGAGCCACCACCGGAGGAGUCACCACCAGAGGAGUCACCACCAGCGGAGCCACCACCAGAGGAACCCCCCCAGAGGAGCCCACCACCAGAGGAGCCACCACCAGAGGAGUCACCACCAGAGGAGCCACCACCAGAGGAGCCACCACCAGGAGGAGUCACCACCAGAGGAGCCACCACCAGAGGAACCACCACCAGAGGAGCCACCACCGGAGGAGUCACCACCAGAGGAGUCACCACCAGCGGAGCCACCACCAGAGGAACCCCCCCAGAGGAGCCCACCACCAGAGGAGCCACCACCAGAGGAGCCACCACCAGAGGAGCCACCACCAGAGGAGCCACCACCAGAGGAGUCACCACCAGAGGAGCCACCACCAGAGGAGCCACCACCAGAGGAGUCACCACCAGAGGAGCCACCACCAGGAGGAGCCACCACCAGAGGAGCCACCACCAGAGGAGCCACCACCAGAGGAGCCACCACGAGAGGAGUCACCACCAGAGGAACCCCCCCAGAGGAGCCACCACCAGCGGAGCCACCACCAGAGGAGCCACCACCAGAGGAGCCACCACCAGAGGAGCCACCACCAGAGGAGUCACCACCAGAGGAGCCACCACCAGGAGGAGCCACCACCGGAGGAACCCCCCCAGAGGAGCCCACCACCAGAGGAGCCACCACCAGAGGAGCCACCACCAGAGGAGUCACCACCAGAGGAGCCACCACCAGAGGAGCCACCCCCAGAGGAGCCCACCACCAGAGGAGCCACCACCAGAGGAGUCACCACCAGAGGAGCCACCACCAGAGGAGCCACCACCAGGAGGAGUCACCACCAGAGGAGCCACCACCAGAGGAACCACCACCAGAGGAGCCACCACCGGAGGAGUCACCACCAGAGGAGUCACCACCAGCGGAGCCACCACCAGAGGAACCCCCCCAGAGGAGCCCACCACCAGAGGAGCCACCACCAGAGGAGCCACCACCAGAGGAGCCACCACCAGAGGAGCCACCACCAGAGGAGCCACCACCAGAGGAGUCACCACCAGAGGAGCCACCACCAGAGGAGCCACCACCAGAGGAGUCACCACCAGAGGAGCCACCACCAGGAGGAGCCACCACCAGAGGAGCCACCACCAGAGGAGCCACCACCAGAGGAGCCACCACGAGAGGAGUCACCACCAGAGGAACCCCCCCAGAGGAGCCACCACCAGCGGAGCCACCACCAGAGGAGCCACCACCAGAGGAGCCACCACCAGAGGAGCCACCACCAGAGGAGUCACCACCAGAGGAGCCACCACCAGGAGGAGCCACCACCGGAGGAACCCCCCCGAGGAGCCCACCACCAGAGGAGCCACCACCAGAGGAGCCACCACCAGAGGAGUCACCACCAGAGGAGCCACCACCAGAGGAGCCACCACCAGAGGAGCCACCACCAGAGGAGCCACCACCAGAGGAGUCACCACCAGAGGAGUCACCACCAGCGGAGCCACCACCAGGAGGAGUCACCACCAGAGGAGCCACCACCAGAGGAACCACCACCAGAGGAGCCACCACCAGAGGAGCCACCACCAGAGGAGCCACCACCAGAGGAGCCACCACCAGAGGAGCCACCACCAGAGGAGCCACCACCAGAGGAGCCACCACCAGAGGAGUCACCACCAGAGGAGCCACCACCAGGAGGAGCCACCACCAGAGGAGCCACCACCAGAGGAGCCACCACCAGAGGAGCCACCACCAGAGGAACCCCCCCAGAGGAGCCACCACCAGAGGAGUCACCACCAGAGGAGUCACCACCAGAGGAGUCACCACCAGCGGAGCCACCACCAGGAGGAGCCACCACCAGAGGAGCCACCACCAGAGGAACCACCACCAGAGGAGCCACCACCAGAGGAGCCACCACCAGAGGAGCCACCACCAGAGGAGCCACCACCAGAGGAGCCACCACCAGAGGAGCCACCACCAGCUCCAGGGAAUCCUCCGGCCAUGCCCUCCACCAGCACUCCAGCAAGACACUUCCCCCACAUUAGAAUGACUCGCGCCCGUCGCCGUCGGCAACGCUACGUGGAGAAGAAUGGGCGCUGUAACGUGCAGCACGGGAACAUGCGUGAGACGUACAGGUACCUCACGGACAUCUUCACCACGCUGGUCGACCUCAACUGGAGGUGCUCGCUCUUCGUCUUCGUCAUGGCCUACGCCGUCACAUGGCUCUUCUUCGGAGCCAUCUGGUACCUCAUCGCCUACUGCAGAGGGGACCUGGACCACCUGGAGGACGAGAGCUGGACUCCGUGUGUGAAUAACGUGAACGGCUUCAUCUCAGCGUUUCUCUUUUCCAUCGAGACCGAGACGACCAUCGGUUACGGAUACCGUGUAAUCACAGACCAGUGUCCUGUGGGGACCAUGCUGCUGCUGCUGCAGGCCAUACUGGGCUCCAUGGUCAACGCCUUCAUGGUGGGCUGUAUGUUCGUGAAGAUCUCGCAGCCGAACAAACGAGCAGAGACGUUGGUUUUCUCCAAACACGCUGUGAUUUCGCUGCGAGACGAUAAACUGUGUCUCAUGUUCCGAGUGGGAGACCUGCGCAGCUCUCACAUCGUGGGGGCCAACAUGAGGGCCAAGCUGAUCAAGAGCAAGCAGACCCAGGAGGGUGAGGCCCGCUCCGACUGGGUCCUAGAGGGACCUGGGUCUGUAGCAGUACUGACCCCCUCUGCCCCCCCCCCUCUGCCCCUCCCCCUCUGCCUCUCCCCCCUCUGCCUCUCCCCCCUCUGCCCCUCCCCCUCUGCCUCUCCCCCCUCUGCCCCCCCCUCUGCCUCUCCCCCUCUGCCUCUCCCCCCUCUGCCUCUCCCCCCUCUGCCCCUCCCCCUCUGCCUCUCCCCCCUCUGCCUCUCCCCCCUCUGCCCCUCCCCCUCUGCCUCUCCCCCCUCUGCCCCCCCCUCUGCCUCUCCCCCCUCUGCCUCUCCCCCCCCUCUGCCCCCCCCUCUGCCUCUCCCCCCUCUGCCCCCCCCUCUGCCUCUCCCCCCUCUGCCCCCCCCUCUGCCCCUCCCCCUCUGCCUCUCCCCCCUCUGCCCCUCCCCCUCUGCCUCUCCCCCCCUCUGCCCCCCCCUCUGCCUCUCCCCCCUCUGCCUCUCCCCCCUCUGCCCCCCCCUCUGCCUCUCCCCCCUCUGCCCCCCCCUCUGCCCCUCCCCCUCUGCCCCCCCCCUCUGCCCCUCCCCCUCUCUCCCCCCACUCUCCCCCCUCUGCCUCCCCCCAGGUGAGUUCAUCCCCCUGGACCAGACCGACAUCAGUGUGGGCUUUGAGACCGGAGACGACCGCCUCUUCCUGGUCUCUCCUCUGAUCAUCUCCCACGAGAUCGACGCCCACUCCCCGUUCUGGGACAUGUCCCAGGCUCAGCUCGAGAAGGACGACUUCGAGAUGGUCGUCAUCCUCGAGGGGAUGGUGGAGGCCACAGGCAUGACAUGUCAGGCUCGCAGCUCGUACCUGGCUGAGGAGGUGCAGUGGGGACAUCGCUUCAGUCCAAUGAUGUCUUUGGCAGAAGGAUUCUUCGACAUCGACUACGGCGCCUUCCACCACACGUUUGAGUGUCCUCCCUCCCCCCUCCCCCCUCCUCCCCCUCCCUCCCUCCCCCCCCCUCUCUCCCUCUCUCUCCCCCCACCCUCCCUCUCCCUCCCCUCUCCCCCCCACUCCCUCUCCUCUCUCCCCCCACCCCUCCCUCCCCCCCUCCCCCCUCCCUCACUCCCUCUCCCUCUCCCCCUCCCCCCCUCUCCCUCUCUCUCCCCCACUCCCUCCUCUCCCUCCCCCUCCCCCUCCCUCUCCCCCUCCCUCCCCCUCCCUCCCUCUCUCUCCCCCCCCCACUCCCUCCCUCCCCCUCCCUCCCUCUUCCCCUCCCUCCCCCCCUCCCUCCCCCUCCCUCCCUCUUCCCCUCCCCCUCCCUCUCCCCCUCCCUCCCUCUUCCCCUCCCUCCCUCUCCCUCCCCCUCCCCCUCCCUCCCUCUCCCUCCCCCUCCCUCUCCCCCUCCCUCCCUCUUCCCCUCCCUCCCCCUCCCUCUCCCUCCCCCUCCCCCUCCCUCCCUCUCCCUCCCCCUCCCCCUCCCUCCCUCUCCCUCCCCUUCCCCCUCCCUCCCCCUCCCUCUCCCCCUCCCUCCCUCUUCCCCUCCCUCCCUCUCCCUCCCCCUCCCCCUCCCUCCCUCUCCCCCUCCCUCCCUCUCCCUCUCUCUCCCCCACUCCCUCCCUCCCUCUCCCUCCCCCUCCCUCUCCCUCUCCCCCUCCCUCCCCCUCCCUCCCUCUCUCUCCCCCCCACUCCCUCCCUCCCCCUCCCUCCCUCUUCCCCUCCCUCCCCCUCCCUCCCUCUUCCCCUCCCCCUCCCUCUCCCCCCCCUCCCUCUUCCCCUCCCCCUCUCCCUCCCCCUCCCCUCCCCCCUCUCCCUCCCCCUCCCUCCCCCUCCCUCCCUCUUCCCCUCCCUCCCCCUCCCUCUCCCUCCCCCUCCCCCUCCCUCCCCCUCCCUCUCCCCUCCCCCUCCCCCUCCCUCCCCCUCCCCCUCCCUCCCUCUCCCUCCCCCUCCCUCUCCCCCUCCCUCCCUCUUCCCCUCCCUCCCCCUCCCUCUCCCUCCCCCUCCCCCUCCCUCCCUCUCCCUCCCUCUCCCCCUCCCUCCCUCUUCCCCUUCCUCCCCUCCCUCCCUCUUCCCCUUCCUCCCCCUCCCUCCCUCUCUCUCCCCCUCCCCCUCCCUCCCUCUCCCCCCCAGGUGGACACGCCCUCAGCCUCGGCUCAUGAGCUAGCGUUAGCCGCGGCGCGCCUGGACGCUCACCUGUACUGGUCCAUCUCCAGCCGUCUGGACGAAGAGCCAGCGCUGCCCACACACUUACCCCAGACACAGGCCCCCGAGAGCGGACACACGGGCUCCACGGACCCCCCUGAGGACCCCCCGGCCUCCUCCACCCCCGCGGAGGCCAACGGAUCCAUCACCACAGACCUGUCCCCCGCAGACGCCUAG